UGAUUCUCUGAGCAUUGGAGAACCCCUUGUAUAAUUCAUUCCCAAAAUUUAUGGAGAUAUAUGAAGAUCAAGAAUCAUCGGCAUCGUCUUCUUCUCCAUCGCUGUCGGAAGAGCAAGUGCCAGUGGCGGCACCGACCAAUACCAAUACCAAUACCAAUUCCACGAUGGUGACCCAGAAGAGGAAGGCAGGGAGGAAGAAGUUCAAGGAGACGAGGCACCCGAUCUUCAGAGGGGUGAGGGAGAGGAACAGAGGGAAGUGGGUGUGCGAGGUGAGGGAGCCCAACAAGAAGUCUCGCAUAUGGCUGGGUACCUUCCCUUCCCCCGACAUGGCCGCCAGGGCUUACGACGUCGCUGCUCUCGCCCUCAGAGGGAAGUCCGCAGCUCUCAACUUCCCUGAUUCCGCAUGGCUUCUCCCACGUGCGAAGUCAUCAUCCCCUAAGGAUAUACAGAUGGCAGCUCUCCAGGCUGCCGAGUCAUUCCGUCCUGCCUCCACCGACACCACCACCACCACCUUCACCACCUGCUCUCCCUCGUCUUCCUCUUCAUCCUUGUCGUUUACGAACCUUGCUGUUGCUCCUGAUGAGUUGACACAACGUGUAGAAGAGCGAGAGAAGGGUGGAAAUCUGGAAACUUCAGCAACAACGACCGCACCAGCAGCGUCGAUUACGACGAACGACGACGACGACGAGGAGAGGUUCAUAGACGAGGAGGCGUUGUUUAAUAUGCCAGGUCUGCUGGACAGCAUGGCCGAAGGGAUGCUGCUAACACCGCCAUCAAUGGAACCGCAAAGAUUCAACUGGGAUGACGUGGAUCACCACAUGGACUUCUCCUUGUGGACUGACUGAGUGAGUGAGUGACUAAUU